AGCCAAUGGCUGCAGAGAGAAGUGAGCCUCAUGGUGCGCGUCUUUAAUUCCCUGCAGACAGAAUCCAGAAUUACCCGUCAAGAUGCGCUUCAUGCUGCUGUUCAGCCGCCAGGGGAAGCUGCGCCUGCAGAAGUGGUACGUCCCGCUGGGCGACCAGGAGAAGAGGCGGCUGGGCCGCGAGCUGGUGCAGACCAUCCUGGGACGCAAGGCCAAGAUGUGCAGCUUCCUGGAGUGGAGGGACCUGAAGGUGGUCUACAAGAGAUACGCCAGCCUGUACUUCUGCUGUGCCAUCGAGGAGCAGGACAACGAGCUGAUCACCCUGGAGGUCAUCCACCGCUACGUGGAGCUGCUCGACAAGUACUUCGGCAGCGUGUGUGAGCUGGACAUCAUCUUUAACUUUGAGAAGGCCUACUUCAUCCUGGACGAGUUCCUGCUGGGCGGAGAGGCCCAGGAAACGUCCAAGAAGAGCGUCCUGAAGGCCAUCGAGCAGGCCGACCAGCUGCAGGAGAACGAUGACUGGGGAGGUCUGGCCCAUGAUGAGAUCAUGUAAAGGUCAGAGGGCAAGGCUCCGCCCAGACGACGGGUAAUUACUGCUAGCAUGAUGCUAACGAGUGCUGUGUUAGCAUGGAGCCACUGACAGCUGUGUAGUUUAACCGGUAAACACAAGACUGUUAGCAUGGAGCUACUGACAGCUGUGUUGUUUAACCGGUAAACACAAGACUGUUACUGCGAUGCAAAUGGCCGCUGUGACUCCUAACUGCAUGUUUCAGUGUUUCUCUCCCCGUAUGAAGCUAACCUCCGGCACACUCCACCGGCUUUUCCUUCUACCGUUUUACUAACAUGCUAACUUUUGCAUACAAUUCAUUCCGAUUCUCACGCAUCAUUAUAACAAUGGUUUAACAAUGCAUUAGUAUUUGAGAAUUGAAUACAUAAUUAACUGUCUUGAUUUGGCAUUUGAUAUUAUGUGAAAAUAUGUUUUUGUAGAUUCAAGAAUGUUUACUGUUUUGGAGAAAAAGCUCCUAUGAACUAUACUCCUUUAGCUGAUAGAAGUUUAAUGUCCGUGACCUCAAACACCUCAGAAGCAUCUAUAAGGUUCUGGAACUAAAACCUAAAACCUCAACAGAGUGUGUAUAGAGGUCCUGGAACUAAAACCUAAAACCUAAACAGAGCUUGUUUAGAGGUCCCAGAUCUCAUCAGAGUGUGUUUAAGGCCCUAGACCUAAACCUCAUGGGGGAGAAAUACCGCAGGAGAUUUAGCCCAAACUAUUUAAAUAAUCCUCAGUGGCACGGCGGCAGGCCCAGAAAGCCUCGUCAGAGCUGGUCUCCCAGUCAGAGCUGGUCUCCCAGUCAGAGCUCUGUCUCCCAGUCAGAGCUCUGUCUCCCAGUCAGAGCUGGUCUCCCAGUCAGAGCUGGUCUCCCAGUCAGAGCUGGUCUCCCAGUCAGAGCUCUGUCUCCCAGUCAGAGCUCUGUCUCCCAGUCAGAGCUGGUCUCCCAGUCAGAGCUGGUCUCCCAGUCAGGGCUGGUCUCCCAGUCAGAGCUGGUCUCCCAGUCUGAGCUCUGUCUCCCAGUCUGGGCUGGUCUCCCAGUCAGAGCUGGCCUCCCAGUCAGCGCUCUGUCUCCCAGUGCUGGUGUUAAACCAGGGGUUGGAUGGUAGGCGAUGUUAGGUCUCUCAGCUCACAGGGUGAAGAUGACCGCGUCAAUGAGCUCCCGUCUGUCUCUUGUCACCGAGCUCCUGUCUUGUCUCUCGUCACUGAGCUCCUGUCUGUCUCUCAUCACAGGUGUCCUGGUGCCAAAUAUGGCCUCAGAAUCCUCAGGUCUAUUCCAGAAUUAGACCUCUGAGGUGAAUACUCUGUGUGUGUGGUUGUAGGAUCCCCCCCCCCCCCCGCUCAACCUAGUCCCACCUGGUCCAGUCUAGUCCGGUCUGGUCUGGACUAGUUUAGUCUAGUCUAGUCUGGUCUGGUCUGGUCUGGUCCGGUCUGGUCCGGUCUUCCCUCCGGUUGCCAUGGCGCCACAUGGCCCACCCGGUGGCGGUGGUCGGUGUUGGUCUAAGGCCUCCCGGAAUGCGUCUCCUAAUCCGUUCAUGUUUAACUUCUCCCUUAUAAUUGAUAAUUGUCCUCAGUUUCCCAUUUCCCUUAAAUAACAACGUUAGCAUAACAUCUGGCCAGAAACAGCAGCCUUCAUAACUUUGACCUUAACCUUAAAGUCAAGGUUAAACAUAAGUGUAACCUUCACCUAAAAGUCAAGGUUAAAGUUAGGUUUAAACUUCACAUUAAAGUGUAGAUUAAACUUAUGUUUAACCUUCACUUUAAGGUGAAGGUCAAAGUUAUGAAAGUUGUCGUAACCUUCCCUUCAGACUUAAGUCAAACCCUAACUGCAUGCAUUCCCCUGAGAGUUCGCCUGAGAAGACCUCUCCAGUGUCAGGGCCUUAACUCAGGGAGCACGACGUAACCCCAAACCCUUAAACCCUAAACCCCUUAACCCCGCCCCCGGCUCAUCCCUCUGCUCUCCUCCCCAGCCCCAUCUUGAGUUCUUUAACGUGCCUGUGUACUGAUUGGCUGUCAUCGCUGAUGAUGCUGUCCUCCUGCACGCUGCGCUGCUUAGCCCCGCCCACCCCUGUCUGCCCACCCGCCUCAUGUUACAGCAUGUGGAACAUGUUAUAGUAUAUUAAAACAUGUUAUAGCAUGUAAAACAUGGUACAACAUGUUACAACAUCCAUCUUACUACCCACACGUUACAACAUGUACCUUAAACUUCAUAGCUGUUCCCAUGUACCCUUCUGAUAUUAAUGUUACAAAAUAUAAGUUAUGACGGACAUGUUACGACACACUUUAUGCAAGUUAAAUAUCCAUGUUAGUGUGCAUCAUUAUAUCAUGUGAUGCUAGCUCCAACAUUAGCACUAUUAACAUUAGCACUUUUAACAUAAGCACUAGCGACAUUAGCACUAGCAACAUGAGCACUAGCCACAUUAGCAGUAGCAACAUUAGCGCUAGCUGAAGCAUUCAGUUCUUGGGUCCUAAGUUGCCAGCUCAGUGUUCUGGAGGUAUCAGAGGCCGGGGCCCUCUUGGUGAUAAAGUAUUUUGACUGGGGGAGAUGGGACCUCAACCGUUACAUCUUGGAGAUGCUGGUGCCAACAAUGUUCAAGUGUUUGUAAUGUUGCUGGGAAACCCAACUUUAUUAAAACCUACAAUCUGUGAUGCCCACGCCGCACCGACACACGCACUUAAUCAGCAAACACUUCCUGACAUUACUCAAGGAUUGGCUUGAGAAUUGUAUUUGAAGGAGAAUAACUUCAUCAUCUCUGCCAGUUUAACAUGAAUCAUGACCACAAAACAAAGCUGUAGUUCUGAGAUGUGUCAUAAUCUUCCCUUGACUCCAGAUGCAGUCUAAUGUCAUGUUUGUUGAGUCAUGCGUGUGUUGGAGAAGGUGAGAUGAUCAAAACGUGCUCGUUCGAGCGGUGCAGUUCUAGUUCACACCAUUAGAUGGAACCAAUGCAGCGACAGAUAAUCCUCCAUCUGUUAAACCAGAAGUUCAUUCUGGAUUUAUGUAUAUGGUAUCAAUUUACCAACCAUACAGUAUAAACAUAUACAUUACUGAGGAUUUAAGGGCGAACGAGAUAAUCAGACACUGUAGAACCUUAUUUUAACUUAAUCUGACGAUAAAGAUGAAGUUGUUGAAGCUAGGUCCAAGAAACAGAAGUCAGAGGUCAUUAGAGAAAUUUAAAGAUUUCGGGAUUGUGGGUUUAAUUUAAAAUUAUUAUAAAUUAUUGUUAUUCUUUUAAUGGUAACGCCUUAGGGUUUUUUUUUCUUUGAAACUCUAUAGCACUUUGAGAUUUUCGAAUGUAAAGUGCUCUAUAAAUAACCUGCAUUAUUAUUAUUAGGGGCUAUUUUUUUCAAUUUUUAUGUUUGGAAUUAUAUUAAUAUUUUAAUGAUUUUAUGUAUAGAAAUUAUUUCUAGUUAUAGAUUUAUACGCUUUGUUACUACAUAUUAAUUAUUACAAAUAUUUCCACAGGGUUUAUAUGAAUGUUGCGGAAAAGUCCUAUAAUCAAUACUUUAAAAUAAAAGAACAAUCACUUUUUUUUAUUGCAAAGAUAUUGUAGAAGUUGGAAUGUUUGAUAUGAUGUAAUCACCCUUGUGUUUGACUCAAAAUAAAAUGUAUUCCUCUAAGCCUUCUCUAUGAAUGUCUGUCAUGAAUUCAUGUUCAACUACGCAGCAAAGUGAAUAAUAAACGCUCUUGAAGACAUGUCAUCAAGUUCUUCCAAUUUAUUUCACAUGAACC